AUGGCAAAAAGUAACCGUAACACAAGAAGGACUGUGAAUGAGACCGCUGAGGGGUCUGCGAGCAACGUGGCCAGGAAUGAAGCUGGUACGGAAGAGGCUCGGAAUGCUGCUCAGAAUGCAGCGAAUUUGAACAAUGCUGCAGCGGCUGGUGCUGCUGCUGGAGCUGCUGCUGCUCCAGUUGGAUUGGAAGCCGUUUUGGCUAUCUUGGCGCAAGUCUUGGCAAGAUUGCCUGCUGCGGCGACACCUCCAGUGGCUCCACCUGUUGCGGAGGAAGUGGAGAACGUGGUACCUGAAGGAGAGGAGGCACACGUUGUUAGGAAUCCGUCUUACCUCAAGGUUAUGGACCACAUGCAGAAACUGGGAACAAAGUUCUUUUCGGGUGGUUCCAAACCAAAGGAAGCAUAUCAAUGGAUUGACAGGAUAUGGCGGAACUUUAAGUCAAUCCGUUGUCCUCUUGCUUACAAGAAGGACAUUGCUUUCCACUACUUGGACGGUGAUGCGCACCUUUGGUGGCGAGGUGUAGCGGCUCGGAUUGGUGCUGAGCAUUGCACGUGGGCCAACUUUAAGACCAAAUUCCGUGGGAAGUAUUUUCCACCGGAAGCAUUUGAUCAGCUCGAGGGAGCUUUUCUCAGACUGGAACAGGGAACUAUGACUGUAAGGGAGUAUGAAGCGGAAUUCAACAGCCUCAAGAAGUAUGCUGGGCGUGAGGCUGAGUCGGAAAUCUCUCAGGGUUGA